AUGGCCCGGUAAGCGUGUGGAUGGAUCGAAAGAGCGUCAGCGCCCGAAAGAUCAUCCGGCAGCUGGCCAAGAAUCCAGAGUUUGUAGCGAGCGGACUUCCAUCGCCGCCGGCGGGAUCUCCGCUGCCGCUCAGCGUCUCGCCGGCGGCGGACAGUCUAGGGGCAUUCGCGUCCGCCGACGAUGAGAUCUCGUCACCAGGUAGCGUCAGUGUGCGUCUGUCGGAAUUCAUAGGAAGUAGGAGGAACCGAAGGGGGAGGAGGAAUUCGCGGCCGAUGAGCGAUGAGAAGAACGAGGAUCUUCGCGAUUUUGGGGAAGUAUUUGUCCAGGAUUUAGAGGAGGAUAGAAUUGUGGUAGACAGCGGUGCGAGCAGCAGCGGCAAUGCGCAUGGGAUUUUUGCUAGUGAUGAUACCGGGCGGCCCGAGCUCGAGGAUUUGGAAACUAUGAUGCUGCGAAAACUUUUGGAGCAAGAUAAGACGGAGGCGGCCAGUGCCAUUGCUGAUGACAAGAUUUCUCAAAACAAGCAAGAACAAGACGACGAAAUUUUGGCCUUGGAAGCUAUCUAUGAAGGAAGUUUCAAGCACCUGAGCAAGGAAAGCGAUGGUGAUCUUCGCUGCUUCAUGAUAGAGGUCACGCUGGAAGCCUUCGAGAGCAUCGAGAUUUCUAUGGAACGUCCAUUGCCUUCUUCUGGAGCAACUAAUCGGCACAGCUUUACGCUACAGUACCUCCCACCGAUUCAUCUGGCCUUCCUUCUUCCGAGCACAUAUCCAUCACACUCUCGUCCACCUUUUGUACUUCAUGCUCAGUGGCUCUCUGCGGACAGGCUUAUUCGCCUCAGCGAUAAGCUGCUGGAGAUUUGGGAGGAUCAAAAGGGGGAGGUCGUGGUCUAUCCCUGGACGGAGUUUCUCCACUCUCAAGCUUUGAGCGCCAUUGGAGCCUUCGAGAAACUAGAGCUGGUUCAACAGCCGCUCAAGCUUCACGAUCCAAGAGUUAUCUCUGGAUGCAACUCACUCGACGAGGAUGCGCUCUCCCUUCUUCGCUACAACGAGGAGAUGCAACUCAGUACGUUUCUCAGUUCCAUCCAUCUCUGCACCAUUUGUUUCGAAGAAUCCACUGGAAGAGAAUUUAUAAAGCUUCCCUGCCAACAUGCUUACUGCCGAAAAUGCAUGCAGCAGUACAUGUCAGUUCACGUCACCGAUGGCUCCAUCAACAGCUUGAAGUGUCCGGAUUGUAAGGGAGGCAUUCCACCAUCUGCGCUGAAAGAGCUUCUUUCCGAGGAGGAUUUUGAACGAUGGGAGAAGCUGUGCCUGCAGAAAACGCUGGACGCGAUGAGCGACAUUGUCUACUGUCCUCGCUGUGGUGCAGCAUGCAUUGAAGAGGGAGAUCAUGACGCACAAUGCAGCCGAUGUUUCUUCAGUUUCUGUAGCCUCUGCAGAGCGGCAAGGCACGUCGGUCAGGAAUGCCUCACUCCAGAGGCUCGCUUGUUAAUCCUUCGCGAUCGAGGUUCCCUUUCAGAAGACCAGCGGAAGCGGGAAGAAAACCUGGUGAACGAGCUCAAAAAUCUCGACUUUGUCAAGAAGGACGCCAAACCGUGUCCAACGUGCGGCAUGGCCAUCUCCAAGUCCGCGGGCUGCAACAAAAUGACUUGCUCCAACUGUGGUCAGUACUUUUGCUUCAAAUGCGGGAAGCGGAUCGAUGGCUAUCUUCACUUCAGCAAUUCGUGCACUCUUUUCGACGAUGACGACAGAGGGGAGAAUGCGCAGCUUUGGCAGCUGGUUCAGCAGCAGGAACAGCGUCAGCAGCAGCGGCAAGAAGCCAUAAGGUUUGGAAAGCCUUGUCCUUCGUGUGGCCAGCCAAACGUGAAGGUUGGAAACAACAAUCACAUAUUUUGUAUGAGCUGCCAAAACCAUUACUGUGGCCAAUGCCACAAAUUAGUGCGAAAAUCUUCGGAACACUUCGGGCCCAACAAGUGUAAGCAGCACUCCGUCGAGCCCAGAUGAUUGAACGAACUCGCCAAAAACAAACAUGAAGAGCUAUGUUACAACCAAAUGAGAUUUGUCAAAAAUCUUCUUGGCCGGAGGAAGCUUAUACGACUAAAAUCUUCACGCAUGGGUCACGUCCUUCAAGCUUCGCUUUUUAGAGGGCGAAGUUCCGUACAAGGAUCCAGAAGAAUAUACUACUAAUGUUUCGAUCCGAUGUAAGUCCUCCGUACGAUCGUCCCACAAGCAACAUCCCAAGCAACGACAAAGGAAGCGUUCUACAAAAGAAGCGGGCAAGGAAGAUCGCCAUAGCUCCACGGGAAUUGUGCGAGAGUGUGUCUUCGGCAGUAAGCUCUAAUCGAGUCCUCGCGAGCGAAUGCGUCCAAUCAAGCCAUCAGCGAACCUCUUCAAUCGACCGACCGACCCGACGGAAACCACACGCGGGCAACGCCAUGUCUUCAAAUCUGCCGGACAGUCCAAGCAAGGAGAAUCAACCAACACACAGCAUCAAGACGCACAUAGAAGCUCGUGUACAAGAUCGAGAAGCACGAAGAUGAGCAAGCCAUCCACA